AGCUGCAAGCGGAUCAGUGUUUUUUUCUUCUUUAUUUUCCAACUUUUGCCGCAGCAGCAUGGCGGGCAUUUCACCCGUCUACGUACGACUGGCAAGCACGGUUUGCUCAGUGGCGGUGCUAGCAGCGAACUACCAAUGGCUGUCUAUGCUGCCAUCGAACGCUCUUGGGCCGUUGCUUUUGAGCAUAGCGACGUUGAUUGCGCUCAGCUUCAUCGGUGACAAAGCUCCCGAGACAGAGAAGCUGCACAGAUUUCCCGCGACCGACUGGAAAUCGCCACUGCCCACCACAGGCAUCAGAGACACUUUCCCCAAGUACGAGCCCAAGGAUCCCGCGAAGUCUUUCACGCAGAUCUGCGACAGCCUGAUCAAGGAAUGUACCCAGGACUUGUCCACUUCUCAUGAGUUGCCACCGAUGGAGAAGAAGUGGAUCAUUGACAUGCUGGAGUACAACGUGAAGGGCGGCAAGAUGAAUCGGGGGCUCAUGGUGGUGCAGAGCGGUGAGGUGAUCAUCCGCUCUCAGGGCCGCGAGCCGAGCGAGGAUGACCUGAAGAAGCUGGCGGUUCUGGGCUGGUGCAUCGAGUGGCUGCAAGCCUGGCUUUUGGUGGCGGAUGACUUCAUGGACAGCUCUCAGACGAGAAGGGGCCAGCUGUGUUGGUACAAGAAGGAAGGGGUGGAGGAGAUUGCCAUCAACGAUGCCUUCCUCAUAGAGAUGCUCGUGUACCGUGUGCUGAAGCGCCACUUUUGGACGGAGCCCUACUACGUCGACUUGCUAGAUCUGUUUAUGGAGACCACCUUCCAGACGGAGUGCGGCCAGUUGUUGGACCUGCAGUGCAAAAACAUCGGCCUUGAAGACUUCACCUACAAGCGCUGGGAGCUGAUCGUGAAGUACAAGACGGCCUUCUAUUCCUUCUACCUCCCGGUGGCUUUGGGCAUGGCUGUUGCGGGCAUCAAGAAUCAAUCCGCCUACGACGCAGCGAGGGAGCCCUUGCUGGUGAUGGGCGUCUACUUCCAGGCGCAGGACGAUUACCUGGACGCUUUUGCGCCCCCAGAGACCUUGGGCAAGAUCGGCACUGACAUCCAGGACAAGAAGUGUGGGUGGCUCUUCGUGCAAGCCUAUCACGACCUUUGCACGCCUGAGCAGAAGGCAUUCUUGGAUGAACACUACGGGAAGUGCAAGGUGCAAACCGAGGAGGAGAAAAAGAUCAAAGCCAUCUACGAGGAAAUCGGCCUGCAAAAGAAGUACGAGGACUAUGAACAGAAAUCCUUCCAGGACAUUAUGGCAUACCAGAGCCAGGUGGUUGAAGCGGGUUUGCCCUGGGAGAUCAUCGAGAUCUUCCUGAAAAAGGUCUACAAGCGAUCCAAGUGAGCCGUCUGGCUGAGUUUUGACCCUGGGCCACGCCCGGGAGAUGCGACCGAGUCCGAUUCCACAGUUUUCUUUUCCUCAGGGGGGCCCUAAACUGGCUCUAACAAACAGGUUCCGAUUGCUUGCAUCCUUGGAACCCAUUGGUUGGAACCCAGUUGGGGUCACCCAAUUUCCGGGGCCGAAGUGUUGACCUGCACUCAAGACCUUGAGAGUCGAUGCGCGCGAAGGGG